GUUUUCGUGAAGAAAAUCCUGGGAACCGGCCCCGCUCUGCAGAAGAACGUCUUGUUGGGGGACGUGGUCUCCAAGGUGAACAAGCAAAAAAUGGACUGGCGAACGGAGCUGUCCGAAGAUGAUCAUGAACACAUAGAGCGGUCUUUGACGCCAGACAAGGACGGCUCUCUCACGAUCGUCUUCCAGGAUGCUCCGAAGAAGUCCUUCAUGGAGACGCUUGCUCAGGUAUGCUGCAGAUGUGUCGGCGUAAGAAGGAAGGUGAAGCCCGGUCGCCAAAGCUCGGCCGAGUUUGCCACGACAAAGACACCGGCCAUGAGGCCGACGGUGCGGAACUUUUGGCGAUCUCACGGUGCGAUUGCAGAAGUCGAAAAGGAAUCGCUUGCAGAUGGGAUGCAGGAGGAAAAGGACGAGGAAGAAAGUGUCAACAGCGAGGGAGAGGACGGCGAAGGUCUAGAAGACCGACAACUGUUUGAGGAAGUUCCGCAGGAAAGAUCCAGACUAGCAAAAUCUCGAGUGAAGAAGAGGCUUGAUGGGUUCCUUUUUUCACGAUGGCCUGAAGGAAAAGCUCCGAAGGAGACAUCCGCUGUGCCCACGGCUACUCAGCAAUUGGAAGGCCGGGAGGAGUCUCUGCAGCUUCAGGAAGAAGACAUAUUGCAGGAGGGUUGGGACAUUGACGAGAUGGCAGACAUCGUAAAAACAAUCCGGAUAACCGGGCAGGAGGUGCCUUGA